UUAUGAAACCCCGUAGCCGACCCAUGUUCCAUCCUUUUCCAACAAGAAGCCCAAGAUGGCGGAUCAGACUGAGAGGGCCUUCCAGAAACAGCCCACGGUAUUUCAAAACAAAAAGAGAGUUCUUGGUUCUGGUAAGAAGAAAAAUUUACGGCUUGUGAGAAACAUUGGUUUAGGAUUUAAAACUCCUCGCGAGGCCAGUCAAGGCACUUACAUUGAUAAGAAAUGUCCAUUCACUGGUAAUGUUCAUAUUCGUGGAAGGAUUCUUAAUGGUGUCGUCACCAAAAUGAAGAUGCAAAGAACAAUAGUGGUUCGUCGGGAUUAUCUUCAUUAUAUCAAAAAAUACAACAGAUUUGAGAAGAGACACAAAAAUAUUUCAGUUCAUCUUUCUCCAUGUUUUAGAGAUUUGACUGUUGGUGAUGUUGUGACCAUUGGAGAAUGCAGACCACUUAGUAAAACUGUGCGUUUUAAUGUGCUCAAAGUCUCUAAGGCCCCAGGGAGCAUGAAGAAAAAGGCUUUCCAAAAGUUUUAAGAAUACCAUUUUGCUGGGACAUUUGUUAUGAACAUCAUGUAAAAUAAAUCUAUCAAGUGGCUCAGUAUUAA